AAACAGCACGACUUUCUACCAUGCCAUUGAAUUGAGAAGACAAAAAGUAAACUAAAAUCCACUCGCGUUUUGUUACCGCGUUGCUUGGACUUCAAACUCUCCGAGCUUGAUCUACUCGGUAGAUUACAACCUGGCGGAACUACUAGUAAAGGAAGAGAGGGACUUAACUAUUGUGUCAGUUAAAUAACCAUUGCCCAACCGAGAAUCGUGCUGUGCGGGUGUGACAACUGUUGACCAGAAGAAAGCAGAAAGUUUGGUGCAAGUUAAUUUGUGACAAUUGUUUGGUAAAAGCCGAAUAAAGUGAAACGACGCUGUAAUUCAAACAGCAAGAGGAAUUGUAACAAUAAGAAGAUAUUCGGAGGGAUUAAAAGCGAAAAGGUGAUCGACAAGGAAAAUAAAUAAACGUCACAGGUCGUGUCAUUUUAAUUGAUAAUCAUGGCUGACGACAAAGCCGUUAUUCCACCCGCGGUGGAAGAAAAGAUCAUGACCAUCUUGAAAGCCGAAGCGCCGGAGGCCAUCGUCGUGCUAAAAUUGGCAGGCAAGUACGAAGAAAAAUACGGCAGCUCACUCAAACCGGACGAAUUUGGAUUUAAAACAGCGUUCGAUAUGAUAAAAUCUAUUAAAUCUGGGGUUGACGUCUUCUUCCAUGAAACGCUCCACCUCUGGGCGUGUAAGUACAAAGAACCAGUCUCCGUUGGGGAUGCUAACGUCGUCGUGGACGAAGUUGACGGUGCGAUGUCACCCAAUUCAGAUCCUCCGGCAAACGAAAAUGGUAAUGGUGGCGCAACUCCUGCCGAGUCUGGUGCCCUUCCACCUUCUGGCGCCAGCCAAGACAGUGACGUUCUGAUGUUAGGGUCAGGAAGUACUGGUUUUAGCGGUGUUGGACUCAAGGAUGAAACCAUCCUUAUGGAUACUGAUUCGGAGGCGGACAAGGACAAAAUGGACCUUCCCCCACCCGCUCACUCUGUCUCGUCUUUCGCCUCAUCAUCCGGGGCCUCCAACUCAUCCAUGCGUCGCAACCGACUUCCUCCACCUCCACCAAGUGUGGAUUGGUCCUCCGGAUCGAAGAGUAUCCUUGGGAAACGUGGCGGAUCUUUGAUUGGAGGAGACAGUAAGAAGAUGGACUUUGACGAUACCGCGUCCAUCAGUUCUGUCGACGAGUCGAUCCCUGUCCAAGAACUCGCCAAGUUGGACCAAGAUCGCCGAGGGGUAAAAUACAUUCCAUUCGAUCGGCAGCUGGAACCAUUGACGUAUGACGGUCUCGUCCUUGGAAGAACGAUCGGCGUUCAAGAACCAGCCACCUAUGUCGACACCACAUUCUGUGCAAGGAACGUUUUGGAACAUUUGAUGGAAGUUAAGUAUCAAAUUAGGAACGUGAGUGGGGAACGAUACAAAGCUUUACAAGAUCGCAUGAUGGAUUUCGGUUCUGGUCCCGUAUUUCACCACAGUGAGGCCUACCUACUCGCAAACAUUGAUGCCUUAACGAACUGGUCAAUUACUAAACCCAUCAACAAACACGGUGAGUUGCUAGUGGGGCAAAAUGGACCUGAAAUUCUCUACGUCGGAGAUAUUCACGGAGGGCCGGGCGGUUUUGCAGAGUACGUUCUUUCACGAAUGGGCUGGGGCGCCAAAGUGUUUGGUUACACUUUUACAGAUGAAGCGUACGAAUAUCAACUCACGGCUUCUGGCCACUUUUCUCGAGAGUCUUUUGAGCGAUGGAUGGGUCGCGAUGGGCGACGCGGGGAUGGAUCAAUCUAUCGACCUGAAUUUGUCGACAUGUUUGCUCGACACUGCAAACGAAUUACGGGAUGGCAAGGAUUGCACGUCGUGCUGGCUGGUGGGCGCGAACUUACGCCAGGGUUGGAUGAGGAUAGGAAAGAAUUGCGAGCCAAGGCUAUGCUUCUCGCCGAAACGACGAUUGCUCUUAAAAGUUUGAGAGAAGGUGGAACCUUUGUCCUCCGCCUCUACGAUCUUUUCACCCCAUUCACCGUUGGACUAGUAUAUCUCAUUUACCGAGCAUUCGACCAAGUGACAAUUCUGCGCCCGGAGGCAGGUCGUCCUGGGAGCUCGGAGCGAUUUUUGGUCGCGACUCAAUUCAAGGGUGGGAAAGCUUGUCAGGAAAUUGAAUUAUACUUGUGCUCUUGUCAUUCGACUGAUCAUGCGUGUCACGUCAACCACAAGUAUCCCGAAGAUCAACAAGCCGACAUUGUCGAGCUCGUGCCUGUGGACACGAUCAAGAGUGCGGCCAGAUUCUACGAUUACAUUUACGAUUCAAAUGCCAAUAUCGGGUUCAAACAACUUGAAGAGACCGGUCGGCUCUGUAAAGCCCUGCAAUAUCGGGAUGACGGGAACGUUGUUAGAGACCGACUGUUCGACAUUCGUCGCAAAUGUUCCACCAUGUGGAAUUGUCCUCGUGCUUAUCGACAAGAACCUAAACACAUUGGAUUAGCACCAGAAGUCUUUGCUAACAAGUUACUUCGACCAUACCCAGAGAACGUUUUGCGUCGGGUGGAACGUGAGGGGGAAGUGUUGCUCACAUAUCCCGUGAUGGAGAAGGAUUUGAAAAAUCCAAAGGAAUGGAGCUUUGUCUGUGUCGGUCGUGACCGUGGAUUUUACAUGUCGAUGGGUGGAGACAAAGUGUUCCGAUUUUCGAGCGGGGAGUGGAAGGCGGUGACGGUGGAUAAUGUCGAGAUGGCAGACCACACCUUGGUCUAUGGCGAUAUUGUGGACGAAAUUACCCACUUGGAAGGCAAACAGAUAAUAGUAACGGCAUUCCACAUUAUUGAUGGACUUAUCUUGGGCAAUAAAGACAUUCGUAAUUUGCCAUACAACGAGAGGAUGGAGAUGUGCGGUAGAUUUGCCAAAUCUAUGGACAAGACGGCUCGUGAAGAUUAUAUUCACAUUAGGGGAAAGAAAACCUUGGAUGCUACUCGGCUUGAGGCAGCUUUGGCAUCCGUGCACAAGGAGCAAGUGAAGGGUCGUGGUGACCGUAAGAAACGUCCCCUUGCCCCCGUGGACUUGUCAGAAUCCAAAACCGCAGUCCACGCACACACAGGAUAUGUAUUCCUCAAAACCAUCAAGGAAGGUGGGAGUCCGGCAGAUUUCUUGACAACGAUGCAAAAUAGGCUGUACUGGCAGUUGGAUGACACCCAGGAUAGAAAUCCCCAAGGACCGCUCCUCCCUCGACCGAAGGACCCCGUCAAGAUGAAAAAUACUGUUGUGUGUGCACCCGCUUUGGUCCAUCACAUCAGCAACAUGGCAAAUGCUAAUUAAUUCACGAAAAUCUUCUUCGCAAACACAAGUUCAAGAUAAGUUAUGACUCAAGUGAAGUUCUACAUUUCGUAAGAUAUCCAAGCUGUUAGAAUAGUAGCAAAAUUAUCGUAUGUUUUUCUACAAUUAUUUCAAAAAUUGUCAAAUUGUUAUUCUUCGAGAUUGCGUACAAAAAAUAUGCAAAAAUGAUUAUUGUAUUCCCAUUUUACUUGUCAGUCAACUAUUAUUGGGGACAUUUUGGAUGAAUUGUUUGUCCCCCGAUCGAUGCCCGUUGUUCUCAUCUUUUGUUCACUUGUUGUUUCUUCACUUAAAAACUAAAUCUUUUCUCUUAUUCCUGUUUUAGUAGUUGGCUGAUUCUCAAUCUUGUUUUUUAUGAUGUUCCCUUCACACUGCGUUUUUGACUGCCCAAUUCUUACAAAUACUGGGUAACAGCGUGAUUACUAUUCAAGGCUAAAUAAAUCUGAUUAGUUAUUUUUUUCAAGAAACUUUGUAGUAAUUAAUUCUGAAUACCAUACAGAUCUAAUUUUACGUUAGAAUAAUAUAAUGAAAUCAUGAUUUAUUAUGGUAUAAAAAAUUUGACCCUAUUUGCAAAGUAUUGAUGAAUUGUUAAUAAAAUUUUGAGAAAAUGUGAAAA